AUUUCCGAUAUUACACGAGUUUUGACAAGCCCAAGCCUGAAAAAUUACAUGUUUUCAUUUGUACAUUGCAUUGGUAAUCAACAAAACUUGCUGAAAUAUAUCGCCAUUGUGUAAAGAAAAAGUGAAUAAAGUGAAAUGGAGUACAUUGCGAUAGAAGAGAGCUGCCGCGCGUGUCAAAUAAAUACUCAGGAAGAGUCUGAAAAGAUAUUCAUCUUUACCACAGCAAAGCUUCCGGACAUCUUCAAGGAAACCACAUCCCUGGACAUUCAGGAAUGCGAUGGACUACCCAAAGUACUAUGCUCUACUUGCUACGAUCGCCUCCUGGAAGCCUACAACUUCCGGAAAAUGUGUUCCGCUGCUGUUGUGCACUUCCAAAAGAUCCUGUCAAUUGAUGUUCCGGAGGAGAAAUAUACCCCACCUGAAAAUGUAAGCAAUGUUCCUAUGACAGAUGCAAUACUGAUGAAUAUAAAGACAGAGCCAGAUUCAGAUCCUAUGAAUUUUUCUGUGAAAUACCCAAACUACUCUCCGGACAGAGAAAAUUCUCAAACUGAGAUUUCCGAUAUGCUCUGCAUAGAUGAAAACCUUCCGGAAAUACUUAAGACUGAUCCUAAUGAUGAAGUUAUAAAACAGGAAGAUGUUCCUUCUGAAACACUGAAUGAUAUUUCAAUGGCUAAGGAGAGAAAAGUAUCAAUCACAGGAGCUGAGGAUUCUAUUGAAGAUGCUUCCCUUAAAUCCGGAAUUGUCAAAAAGACACACAAUACGCGAAAGAGACCUAUUGCUUCGCAGAAAAACAAGAAACACAUUCUUCCAGGAGGAUCUACCAAGUUUGAAUGUACCAUGUGCAAUUUAUCAUUCCAUAGGAAGUCAGAAGUGAGGAUGCACAUAAGGAAAGAUCAUCUGGGAUUAGAAGUUUGUAAAUGCAAUAUUUGUGGGAAGGAAUUUACGUCAUCCUACACUCUGACCUGUCACCUAAAUACCCAUGAAAUUGCGAAAGGACCUGAGGACCAGAAGGACGUUAAUCAGUAUUUGUGUGCAUUUUGUGGAGUUGAGCAGGAAACAUCUGAUGAAUUCAAGAGUCACAUGGAAACUCACAAGAAAAAUAACAGAUGGUUCUGCGUGUUUUGUCCGUACAAUUCAAUUAAAAAAUGCCACUUGCAGGAUCACGUAAAGGUAGUCCAUCAGAAAGUGAAGGAAUUCCAUUGCCCACGAUGUGACAGAUCUUUCACAGGGGCAGGGAGUCUAGAACAGCACAUCUUGCGCCACGAAGGUAUCAAGAACCAUACUUGUACAGUUUGUGGAGUGAAAAAGGUAACACGAACGGAAUUGGCACACCAUAUGAUCAUUCACAUUCAAGACAAAAUUUGGUCUUGCGAUUCUUGUCCUUUAAAAUUCAAACGGAGAGACAAUCUCAAGGAUCACAUAAAGACCGUCCAUCAGAGAGUAAAGGAUUAUCAGUGCACCUUGUGUAAGAAAUGUUUUUCAGCUGCCAAGAGUCUUAAAUACCAUCUAAUGAUCCAUAGUGGAGAAAGGCCACAUGGCUGCAGCCAAUGCACUAAAAGAUUCAUCUCUAUCACCCAACUCAAGACCCAUAUGAAGAUUCACACAGGGGAAAAUGACUGUCCGCACUGUAAGAAAACCUUUGGAAGCACAAUUGGUUUGAAAAAUCACAUAAUGACUCACACCGGAGAAAAGCCACAUACCUGUGGUGAGUGUGGAAAGAAAUUUUUCCAACUCUCAAACCUGAAGAAUCACAUGAAUGUUCAUCUCAAGUCCAAGAAGAAGCCAAAGACGCAGAAAAGAUCCAAAACAAAGUUCAAUACUGAGUUAGAAAUCAAAUCCGAAGUCACAGAUUGAUUUCUUAAUAUUUCACUGAAUUAAAAGCAUUUUGUAAUAUUAAGAUGUAAUCCUAAUCUCCGAAAGAUAAUAAAGUGAAUAAAUGUAUCAUGAAUCAGGAUCAAUAAAACGUUAUCCGUAAGAAUUAA